CCUGAAUACAAUAUAUUAAAAACAGCAGGUUCUAAUCUAGGAUAUAAACAUACUGAACCCUCUCUUAAACUUAUGAGUAUUGCAUCCAAAAGUAGAAAUGAAUUAGAAGAAGUUAUUAAGUUAAAAAGAGAGGUUAUGUUAGGCCGAAAGUUAUCUAAAGACCAUCUAGAAAAUAUGGCUAAAAAUAACCCAUUUAGAGUGCCGAUAAUUCUUUCUAAUCUCGAAACAGGUAAGAGUGAAGAAUUUACUUCUAUGAUAAAGGCUGCUCAGUUUUUAGGUGUUGAUAUGACUACUGUUAAGAGGUAUUUAAUGAAUAAUAAGCCAUGCAAAGGCUAUAUGAUUACUAAAGCUACUUCUAUUUCAGAUUCCUCUUCUUCCUCUAAUCUAACUAAUUCAAGACAGGCUGUAUUAAUAACUAAUGAUGUUUUAGGUAUUACCAAAGAAUUCUCUACAAUGAAAGCUGCAUACCAAUUUUUGGGUAUAUCUCAUAAACGACUUUUAAAUUGUUUAAAUAAUAACGAGUCUUCGUUUUCAAAUGGACAAGUUGACACCAUUAAAGGGUACACUGUAACCAAGCUAGACUCCGUUAAACGAGAAGGUAAAGGUAUAGAAGUUACUAAUAUUAAUACAAAUGAAGUCAUUAAAUAUUCUUCGCUUAGUUCAGCAGCUGAAGCUAUAGGAAUAUCUCCGUCUAGUAUUUCAACAGCUUUCAGCUGUUGGAAACGAACUACUUCGUUUAGAGGUAUUUACCUUUUUAAAUUAAUUUAA